AACAGAACAAAGCAACAACAAAUGACUGAAGUCGACGUCGUCUUGCCGGAGGGCGUUGCCGAGCCCACAACCAAACUACUUGCCAAAGCAGCAGCAGCAGCAGCGAGGACGGCAGCAAACGAAGACGACGACGACAACAGCAGCAGCAGCGCAGCAGAGCCGCAAAAUGAACAGAAGACCAACUCCAACACAGACUUGGAGCAGAAGGAGGAGGAGCAGCAGCAGCAGAAGCUAAAGCCCGUCAAGGAUAAGGAAGUGGAUGCAGUGAUAGCCUCCGACAAGCUGCUCUUGGAUGGCAAUAGUAACAGCAACAGCACCAGCAACGAUGAUAGCAAGCUUGAUGGCGAUGCUGCAUCUAAGCCGGCGGUUGAGUCCAUGGACGUGGAUGACACCGAGGAGGGCGACUCACAGAUAACCAGCUCCAGUUCCACAGAGAACGGCAAUAGCAAAGAGCCAAAGCUGGAUGGCGAGAUCGAUGAAGACGAAGAUGCGGAGGAGGAGGAGGAGGAAGAGGUGACCACCAAUGGUGAUCAUGAGGAAGCUGACGAUGAAAAGAUUGGCAGCACUGCCGAAAACAGUUGCGACGCCGAAGAUCCGCUUGGCGCAGCCACAGAGCCCGCAGCGGAGCAAGAGGAAGAAUUGGUGGACGAGAAGAAAAGCCUUGAAGAUGCAGACGAUCUGGAAGAGGAGGAGGAGGCGGAGGCCGAAGAGGAGGGUAGCCAGCAAAGCGGCACAGCCAAAACAGUAACCGACUCGGAAGCAGAAGCUAUGCACACCGAGGAGGAUGAAGUGGACGAGAAGAAAGAGAUCCCACUAAAUGGCUUCACGCAAAGCCCAAAGGGUAAGGAAGCUGCUGCUGCUGCCAAGCCCAACGGACAGGCAACCGCAGCUGAAACUCGGAAAAGCAAUGACAACAACGACGAAGAUGACGCCGGCGGCGUGGUUAAUCUGGACGAGGACAGUGAUGAGGAAAUGGCCGAUUUGACUGAGCGAAAGGCGCCUCCAGCCUCGGCGGCCAAGCCACGAACAACGCCCAGCAAGGCAAAAGCCACGCCAGCAGCAGCGGUUGCCUCAAGCGGCGCCGAAUCCUCAGACGAUGCGGUGCUCAUUGCCUCCGAUUCGGAGUCGGAAACGGGACAAACAGCAGCGCUGCCACCGCCAAGUAAGAAAUUGGCGCCCGCCGUGAAGGCAACACCAGCACCGCCACCGCCGCCAACAGCAGCCGAGCAGGACGACGACGAUGACGAUGAUGACUGUGUGGUCAUUGAGGAUGAUACACCGCCAAGUAUUUCGCCUAGCGAUCAGGCACUGAACAAGCGCAAAAGCGAACUGGACGACAUGCAGCCGAACAGCAAGCGACAGCGCAGCUCCACGCCCUCCACUCUGGGUGCAGGUGUCGGGAUCGGCCUUGGCCAGUUGACCAUCAAGGAUGCGCGCACCCUAAUGCCGCACGAAGCGGGGCCAACGGGACCAGGCGGCUCGGCUGUUUAUCCGGUGACCAUAACCAAUGCCGUAACCGGCGUGGCCACAAAUCUGGGCAAUACGCCGCCCAAACUUGUGCCCAUGGCAGGUGUGGCCGGUGUGGGUGGUACAGUGCAGCUGACACCAUCGACGCUCUCGCUGACUGCCGCCGGACUGCCCAGCAUGACGAAUAACGCGAAUCUGUUGCCAGGCCUAACGGACGACAUGUUUGUGCUGGAGGCGCCCUCGUUUAUUGUGCCCUACAUAUACGAGAAGCCGCCCAAUGACAACAUACGCGAGGUCAUCAAGGCGAUUGAGACAAAGUAUGCGCUUUCGCCGGAGGAUUUGGCUGUGGCGGACAAAGUGGACGAGUUCGAUAUGAUGACCGAGCAGAACAAGGAGGACAAAAGCAGCGCAGACGGCCCGAAUGCGGGCAAAAAGAAAAAGAAGCAGGGCGACGAUGAGUCCUGGUCCGAGCAAUCCGAUGAGGAUGACGACGAGGACGAUGACGAUGACUCCGAGACGGGUGUGCGCACCAAGGUGCUAAUCAAAGAGGCCAACGAUGAUCUGACCGCACUCAAGGGUGCCAUUAAACCCGCCGCUGCUUUGGCCGCCUCCGGCGGUGUCGCGUCCAACACCGCCGCUAAGCCCGGUCAGGAGAACUACUUUGAGAGUCCGUUGGGUAAAUUCUUUAUGGACAUUGGUGUUGGCCUCGUGCAGGAGUAUGUCCAGGCGGAUUUGUUGCGCCUGCAGAAGCGCAAGAUGCGCAAAUCCCUGUCGCGAGAUCCCAAGGACUUUGAGAUGGCCAUCAAUGCGUUGAGCGGUAAUCUGCAGGCGUCGAAGACGAAAAAUGCACCCUUUAAGUUCACGAUGAAGCGCUGCGAGUUCUGCAAUUUCAAAUCCGAGUCCGCGCUGUCCAUGGCCAAUCACUAUGAGACGCCGCACAUGAACGGAGUCCUGUACAAGUGCAAUUUUUGCACAUUCGAGAUACGCAACGCCACAGAAAUCGUUUACCACAUGGAGGCGGUGCACAAUAUCAAGGCGCGCCUGAUCAAGCCGCUGCCGUAUCAUCAGUGCCCGAACUGCGGCUUUGAGGAUAAUGGCAAGGCGAAAUUGGCCCGCCAUCAGCCUGUCUGCGCCAAGAAGUUCCGGCCGGAGCUGAAUCUGGCGCCGCCCAACGAUUGGGAAGCGCCCGCCAAAAUACCGCGCAUCAAGCCGCGACACGGACUCGUCGGCACAGCCACCGCCUAUCAGGCGAUGGCAGCGCAGGCGGCGGCGCAGAAGGCAGCACUGGCGACCAUACAACAGCAACAGGCCGCGGCACAGGCACGCAACCUGCAGGCGGCAGCGCUUGCGGCACAAAAUGCGGCGAAGAUGCGACAGCGAGCACCGCAGAUGCCCAAGGCAAUGCCCAAUGCCAACAGCAUGGUGAGGAAUCCUGCGCCCGUACGCGGUGCCAUCGGCGCCGGCAAUGCGGCUCUCUCGCUGCCGAACAGCUAUCAACUGGCCGCCGGACAGCUUGUGCAGCAAGCAUCCAAGAAGCCAAUUGCGGGUCAGCCGAGCAUCUCAAUAACGCCACUACCUCGACAAAGUGCCGCUGGCAACAAUGCGUCCGCUGCCUCGUCCAGCAAAGUGCAAACGACGGCGGCGGCGGGCAUGAAGCCCGGCCAGAGCCCCAGCGGCGGCAACAACAAGGCGCAGUUUGUCAUCUGCGAGAUAUGCGAUGGCUAUAUCAAGGAUCUAGAGCAGCUGCGCAAUCACAUGCAGUGGAUGCACAAAGUGAAGAUCCAUCCCAAGAUGAUCUACAAUCGUCCACCAUUGAAUUGCCAGAAGUGCCAGUUCCGCUUCUUCACGGAUCAGGGCCUGGAAAGGCAUUUGCUGGGCUCCCACGGCCUGGUCACCAGCUCUAUGCAGGAGGCGGCCAACAAGGGCAAAGAUGCCGGUCGUUGUCCUGUCUGUGGCAGGAUGUACCAAUGGAAGCUACUGAAUCACGUAUCGCGCGAUCAUCAUAUGACCCUGAAGCCCGCACAUUUAUCCUACAAGUGCACCGUCUGCACGGCCACCUUUGGCAUGUACAAACAGUUUGAGACGCAUGUGUAUACUGCGCACAGCACUGUGGCCAGAAAGGCAAUGGAUAGCAAGAAAAAUAGCGCACAGUCCAGCGGCGGCGGCAGUGGUGGAGCGGGCGGUGGUGGUGGCGGCGGCGGCGCAGGCAUGACGCGUAAUUCAUUGGGCGCCGCCAAUGAAUCCCUGCUGAAGCCGCUGAAGAUCAACGAUGAGAUCACGAUCAUACCACAGCCCGCAUCGAAGCCACGCAUCACAAAUAUGGAGAGUCAUGUCAUAGAUUAAACGGCGCAUUGGAUGAACCAAAAAAACAAAACAAAAGAAAUGAAUUAACAGAAAAAAAAAAA